CAGGGUUCCGCCUUCUACUUUUCCCCUGCUUGUAGUUCUUCGCCCUGGCUGACCUAGAAUCUGUCCACGCACGGUUACCACCACCGCCAAGCUUGGUAUCGGAUUCUGGAUUCGUCUAAGGCACAGUCGAAUUUAGUGACUGGCAUACUAGUUCUUCCUUAGGCAUCAAGGCGUGAUGCCUUUGUGGAGAGUAGAGUCCGUCCCAGAUGAAAUCGACGCCAGUGCCGAUGCGUGUGACAGUCCUACCCGCAAAAGUAUCAUGAAGCAAAGGGCACAGGCUCCAAGCCCCAUGAGAAGCCCAGGUUCUCAAUACCAUUCACCGUUCCUAGUUCCCACUGCUCCACCUAUUGACGUGAAUAAGAAUACCGCGUGGUUUUCGUACCCUGGAGUCUGGACCACAUACUUGAUCAUUGUCGUGCUGGUGUGGCUCCUAAUUCUCAUCGUCUUCCAGUGCAGCGUGGCUUCCGCUUGCGUUGCCGUCAAUAUUAUCCAUUUCGUGGUGACAUUUUACCUUUUCCACUGGAAAAAGGGUUCCCCUUUCGCUGAAGACCAGGGAUUGUACGAUAGACUUACCUGGUGGGAGCAGAUUGAUGGCCGUAGGCAGCUCACUCCCAACCGCAAGUUCUUAACCUUGGUUCCUGUACUAUUGUACUUGAUAACUUCCUUCUACAUGCGGCAUGAGCCUAAUUCCGAGCUCUUCUUCGUCAUCAAUACAGUUCUCGUGUUUGCGCUUGUCAUUGCCAAGCUUCCAGCUCUUGACAAAGUCCGUAUAUUUGGGAUCAACUUCGACUAGCCGGACAAAGCUGUUGGUGCACUUUCCGCUGUUCAGGCGCUACCAUUCCCUUGCUUAUUCUGGAUAGGCUCAGCCUAGCGGGGUGGACCUUCACCAAUGCAGUUUAUUGUUUAUUUUGCGAGUUUUGUCAGUUGCUAGCACACACAUAGCACUGUGUUUGUCAUGUAAAGAGAAAGACGCUGCUUG